AUGGAGGAGCAGUACGCCAAUCUGCUGGACAAUCUGCUGCCUGAGGAAGAAGACAAAGCUGCUGAUUUUGACGGAAGCAAAUCGAAGAUGGUUGGUUCAUCCGAUCUAUUCGGUAAUUUCAAACAUAUGUUCAUCGUCCGCAACUAUUUUGGCCUGCCGAUUUUCUCUCUCGUCGGUAUGGCGGGAAUCGGUAAGACUACUCUUGCUGGGGAAAUAUAUUAUGAUCCGUUGAUUUUGAGCCAUUUUGAUUGCUGUGCUUGGGUUAAAGUAGGUAGAAAAUGUGAAUUGAGUGAAAUCCCUUGCCACAUUCUUGCUCAAGUAGAUAAAUCUUUUAGAGAAGGAGAUGGAGAUGGUGACUGUGAAGUGAUAAAUCAGCGUUUAUAUGAUUUUUUGAAGGAUAAAAGAUACUUGAUUGUGUUGGAUGACGUGUGGGAAACGAAGGUGGGAUUAUUUGGAGUGUUGUUUUCCGAAUAG